AGUAAAGUUUUACAAAUCGAACGAGAAACAUACAAAAUUAAAUUUUUAAGAUUAAUCUCAUAAGAGUGUAAAACUGACAUUAAAAGCUUUUGAAUUAUAAAUAACUGUGUUUUAGUGACGGAGCAGCUUAGUGAUAAAUCGAUCAAAAAUGAAUGCUGUGGUAGCGGUACUUUGUUUACUCAUUGCCGGCAAUUAUGCACACAAAUACAAAACUGGCGAGUGUCCUGCCGUCGAACCACUGACUGAUUUUAACAUGAAACAGUUCCUUGGUAUUUGGUAUGCCGUCCAGAAAACCACCACCGCUUCCACGUGCGUCGUCUACAACAUUACCGAGUCGGAGGAGCCCGGAGAGUACAACAUCGAGCAAUUAUCGCAACACUUUGCGCUUGGUUUGACGCCGCUCAAGCACGAAUACAGCUACACUGGCACCCUCAAAGUCAUCGAUAAAGACUUGCCUGCCAAGAUGUCCGUCAAAUAUCCCUUGAGUGUUGCUGGCAGCUCGAAAUUCACAGUUUUUGCCACGGACUACACGACAUACGCUGGCAUUUUCACAUGCCAAAAACUGGCAUUCAGUCAUCGUCAGAGUGCAACAAUUUUGUCGAGAACAAAGACAUUGGACAAGAUUUUUGUCGAUAAAGUUCGCAACAAGUUAGCAUCGUACAAUGUCGAUCCCUUCGACUUGUCCAUCAUAAAUCAAACGGGUUGCCCGAAAGAGGGAGAGGAGGGUUACAACAUCCACAUUGACCAAGAGACAUUUUCGGCCAAGUCAAUUGGAAAUGCUGUCAAGAAAGCCGGCGAAGCCAUUGGAACCGGUGUCGAGUACACAAUCAACGGCGCUAAAAAGUGGUACAAUAAACUUAAGGGAGAAUCGACCGAAGAGCCAGCUGACGUAAAAGAAAUUAAAGGAAAUAGCAGAUUGAUCUACAAGGCCGACAAAACUCUUGACGAAGAUGCUGAAUGGCUCCCUUUUUAAAAAUAUUUUUUUUCUCUCAUUUACCUAAUUAGAGGCAAUCUCAUUUAUCUCUCGAAAUAAAUAAAUAAAAAGUUUUUAUAAUUUUAUAAAAAUUAAAAUUAAAUUUUGAUUUAAGGUGAUCGCUCAUAAAUAAUUUAAAAUU